AUGAACGGCGGAGGCAGCGCUGCUGCUGGUGCGGGUGCCGCAGACGCCGGAGCUGCUGCUUUUCAAUCAGCCAGCUACCACAGCGGACACACCAAUGGCGCUAACGGAGCAGCCACAACUGCUUCGUCUGGGCCUCAGAACUACACAGCAAUGGCCACCGCAGCAUCGUCUCAACCACCGCCUUCCACAUCGAUACCGUCAGGUGCAGGAGCAGAAGAAGCUCAAUGGUCGCUCAAGGACAUCUUCUGGCGAGGACGCGAGUGCAAGAUCAUCACACAAAAUCAGAACGGACCCUGCUCACUCAUCGCUCUCUGCAACAUCUUGCUACUGCGGGGAGAGCUCCAGAUCACGCCGCCAGAUCGACCCGUGGUGAGCUACAGCUAUCUCAGUCAGCUCCUCGCCGAACACCUGCUCACCAAAGUCGGAACGGAAGGAUUCGGAGGCGAAGGACUGGAAGCAGCGCUUAGCACCCUGCCUCGAACGCAGUAUGGUCUGGACGUGGAUGUCGGGUUCAACUCGAUCACGUCUUUUGCUGCGACGGCGGCUAACGAUGGGGGUGCGGGAGAGCUGGCUCUGUUCAGGCUGUGCGGCGUACCUCUGGUGCAUGGAUGGCUUCCGGAUCCUGCAGAUGCACCGACCUUUCAAGCGGUGCAGGCGGCCGGUAGCUACAACAAGGCUACCGACAUUCUUGUGCGCGGUGACGAGAUCGCGGAGGGUGCCGUCGUACGCGAUCGCGGAGUCGGUCUGCUGGCAGCAAAGCUGGCGAGCGAGUCGUCGGCCUCAAACGGCAAGCAGCCCGAACGUCAGGCUUGGUCAGACGAGCAAAGGACCACAGUGCGUCAGGCACUCGCUCUCCAGUCGUUCCUCGAGACGCAAUCGACCCAGCUCACGUACCAUGGCCUCUUCGUCUUGGCCCAAGAGAUCCCAGCUGGACAGCCAGUCGCUCUCUUCCGCAACUCGCACCUGUCGGUGCUAUACAAGCGACUGCCUAACGAAGGCACAGACGUAGCGGCUGACGGAGCGACACAGCCACCACCGACGCUAUUCACGCUGGCAACCGACGCGAGCUUCUUGAUGGAGGACGAGAUCGUCUGGGAGAGCCUGGUGGAUGUCGACGGUGCAAGCAGCGAGUUCUACGACGGCAAGUUCCACAAGUCGACCAUGCGGCAAGGAGACUAUGUCGGACGCGAUGCAGAUGGUCUCGGAGGACCUGGGGGAGGCGCGGGUCUCCAGCAGAAUGAAGAUGCAGACUACGCGCUGGCGAUGCAGAUAUAUCACAACGACCAGGAUCGACUCGAGCGACAGCAGAGGAGACGAGACCGACGAUCUCAGCAAGUAUCUCAGCAAGGAUUGGCGCAAGGUCAACGCAGCAGCAUGGCGCCUGCUCCUCAGCCAGCGUUUGAGGCGCCGAACGAGGUGUUCACCACGAUGCGCUACGAGGUGAACGCAAAGCAAGAAGAAGGAGAUGCGCUGGUAGUGUCGACCUUGAUCCCUGCACGCCUUCGCAUCGACCACGCAGGACUGCUCAAUGGUCUGCAGAAUCUGUCACUUGGUGAAGCAGGUGCUUCUCAGACGGUGCCGACCAGCCAAUCAACAAACCCAUUCCUGAACGCCACCGAGUCGGCCGCGAUCGCGCCUCCAGCAUCCCACCCGACCAAUCCCUUCCUCACCAGCGCUGCACCCCCGAUCAAGCAUCGACUGUACCAUCAUGUACCUCUGCUGGAUCAGCACCUGGAGCGUCUCAAGACAUCGGCGGGCGCCAUGUGCCGUGCGUACUCUGCUGUCUGGUCCAUGCCGCUGCUGGAACAAGAACGGUCGCUGCAACCAGAGCGGAUUCUGGAAGCCAUCGAGGCGAGUCUGGCCUCUUCCGAGGUCGGAAACGCGACGCAGGGCCAGGUCAAGGGCAUCCGAGUGGCAAUCUCAAGGGACGGAGGGAUCCGUGUCACGCAGCGCAACAUCACACCUUUCCCAAGCACCCUCGACGACGGUCUCAGCACAACACGCCCACCCAGUGUUCGACUCGACUUUAUGCCGACACGCGUGCGCACGAUGGACUUGGAGCCGAUUGUGUUCAACAAGACGGACGCACGUGGAUUCUACGAGGCUGCCAAGCAGCGAGUUGGUGCGGACCCAAGUGUGCUCAGCGGAGUGCGCGAGACGGACGACAGAUGCUUUGAUGUGAUUCUGUGGAACGACGAGCAGACGGAGAUGCUAGAAGAAGCUAGCUCUGUGACUGCGCCGACCCGGCUGGUGACCGAGUCGAGUCUGGCCAACGUGCUUGUCGAGCAGGUCUCCCCGGCAGGAGUUCAAUCGCGCUUUGUAACUCCGCGCACAUCGACAGGCAUGCUCGACGGCCUCUUGCGCCGCUGGCUGGUCAACAAAGGGCUGGUGGAAGAAGCCGACGUCGAGCUGGACGAGCUUGUUCGUCAAGUGCGCGAGGGCUCUGCGCACAUCUGGCUCUGCAACUCGCUGCGCGGCGUGUGGCGAGUCGACUUGGCCGACCCACCUCGUAUCGGCGCUGCGGGUAUCAAUGCAAACGCAACCGGGAGCAGCGCCAGUCGAGUCAAGAAGACGCGCUUCUCGUCGUUUGUCAGGGGCGCAUCCUACAAGAACGCACACAACGGCGCAGCAACAACGGCAGCACCUUCAGGAAGCGCAGUAGCGCCUCCGCCAGCAGCACCCUAUCAGCCAGAGACAGUCCACAAUCAGGUGCAAGACGAUCUGUAUGGUCACAAGCAGGACGGCAGCAACAGCAGCGGCAAGGGUCUCAACAAGCUCAAAGGCAAAAAGACAAAGGCGGGCAAGGACGACAAGAAGGACUGCCUCGUCAUGUGA